AAUCCUAUGACAUGACAUCAUUCACUUGCAAAGCACAUCAUUAUUCACUCCAACUCCCACGCCAUUAAGCCCUUACCCCACACACUCUCAACGCCAUAUUUACACUAAUCAGACCACAAAAACAUGCCUUUUAACAUGCUCUCUAACAACACCAACCACCCACUAUUUUAAUGCAUUCCCCACACCACACAAACCACCCCUUAACCAAUUAACCCUCUCUCUUUCUCUCUCUCACACACAAAACCAGUACUUUAUCAUUCUCUAGCACCAUAAUCAUUCAUCCCAAUUAGGGUUUGGUUUUGGUUCCACACCAAACCAACCCAACAAAAAAAAAGAAAAGAAAACAACCAUACCCAAAACCCCAUUUUCAAUGUUCAGUUUCUGCUCCUACAGCAAAUUCUUCAUCCUUUUCUUAUGUACCCUUCUUCGUUACUUCAUUGCAUAACCCUAAACAAACUCACAUUCACUUCCAAUUUUUAGGGUUCUAUUCAAAUCCAAAUCCAAAUCUUCCUCAGUUAUGGAAUCUCAGUUUCAAGUUCAACUACCACUUUCCAAAUUAAAACCCUAACAUUCGGAUUCGAAUCUUCAUCUUCAUCAUUACCAUUACCAAUGCUUAAAUCUUCUGAACAAAAAGAUGGAUCUGAAAUCGAACCACCAAACUGCAUCGAUUUGUUUACUCAAUUAGCAUCAACAAAACCUAAACUCAACAAUUUCCCUAUGAAACGCACCGUUCGUCCUCUCUUCGUUCUCCUCCUUCUUCUCGUCUUCCUCGCCACGUUAACCUCGCGCUCCAUUCUUCGUAGAGGUAUAAUCUCAAUCGAGCUCGAAACGCGUGUGAUCAAUCGCGAUUCAUCGUUAAACGCCACGCUUCUCAAACACGCUGCGGUCGAGAUCGGCGAGGAGAAAUCCCGGAAAGAGAUUCAGCAGCUUCUUGAUGGUAACUUUGCUAGUCAAGCUAGGCAUAGAACGUUUGUUUCGUGGCGGAGGUUUAUCCAUCAUGACGGUGAUAGAAACUUUCCGGCAACACUCCGUUCGCCGCUUUUUUAUCGGUAUUGGAUUGAUUUCCGGCGAGUUUUGCAUGAUUGGGCAAGGAAGCGUAGGUUUCAACCAGGGAUAAUGACUGAGUUAACUCGGUCGGUGAAGGUUCCACUCGAUCGGUUUAACAAACUUGCUACCGAUUCUAUUGAUAAAAAGUACUCUUCUUGUGCUGUUGUUGGUAAUAGUGGGAUUUUGCUUAAUAGAAACUAUGGUUCGUUAAUUGAUGCGCAUGAGUUUGUUAUAAGGUUAAACAAUGCUAGGGUUGAUAACUAUGAAAACAAAGUUGGGAAGAAAACGAGUAUUUCGUUUGUGAAUAGCAACAUUUUGCAUUUGUGUGCAAGAAGAACAGGGUGUUUUUGUCAUCCUUAUGGUGCUAAUGUGCCAAUUGUUAUGUACAUUUGUCAAGCUGUGCAUUUCUUGGAUUAUACCGUUUGUAAUGCUUCUCAUAAGUCUCCUUUGUUGGUUACAGAUCCAAGGUUUGAUGUGUUGUGUUCUAGGAUUGUGAAGUAUUACUCAUUGAAGAGGUUUGUGGAGGAGACAGGGAAGGGUUUGGAGCAAUGGGGUUCUGCUCAUGAUGGUGCUUUGUUUCAUUAUUCUUCUGGUAUGCAGGCUGUGAUGUUGGCUUUAGGGGUAUGUGAUAAAGUUAGUAUUUUUGGGUUUGGUAAAUCACCUUCUGCUAAACAUCAUUAUCAUACUAAUCAGAAAGUUGAACUUCAUUUGCAUGACUAUGAGGCUGAGUAUGCUUUUUAUCGGGACCUUGUGGAUGGACAUAAGCCUAUACCUUUUGUAUCAGAGAAGUUUAAGAUUCCUCCUGUUGUAAUGUAUCAUUGACAGUGAUUUGUUGGAGGAGUUGAUUAGGUUGAAGUUUUGUGAAUUGUUGGAGGGGUUGAUUAGUGUUGUGAAUUGUUGGAGGGGUUGAUUAGGUUGAAGUGUUUUGUUGUUGUAAUAGUUUUGGAAUGAAUAGAUAGUGGAAGGGAUUAUUGGGUUUGGUUUGAGAUUCAAUUUUUGUUUUCUCAAGUUUGUACUGUCCCAAAUGUAGCCUCAAGGCAACAUAUAAGUGUAAAUUUUGAUUAGAUCAAUACAAAAUUAUGAAGCAUCUAUGAUGUGUUUUGUAUCUA